GCCCCCACAGAGGCGGGGCAGCAAGCAAGUUACUAAUUCAUUCUCCACUUGCUCUUUGGUUCAGAAGCAGCCUGGCAGACACGGGAGCCACAAUGAAGCCUCCAGCCCCUGUCUGCACCUGCGGCCUCAUGCUGGUCCUGCUCUGGCUGCUGGCUGUCCUUCAGACCACCACUGCCCAGAAGAAGCACAUCGACAUCUACAGCCUCACUGUGGACUCCAAGGUCUCAUCCCGAUUUUCCCACACGGUGGUUACCAGCCGGGUAGUCAAUAGGGCCGACACUGUGCAGGAAGCCAUCUUCCAGAUGGAGCUGCCCAAGAAAGCCUUCAUCACCAACUUCUCCAUGAUCAUUGAUGGCGUGACCUACCCAGGCAACAUCAAGGAGAAGGCUGCAGCCCAGGAGCAGUACAGCGCAGCAGUGGCCAAGGGCAAGAGCGCUGGCCUAGUCAAGGCCAUGGGGAGAAAGACAGAGCAGUUCCAGGUGUCGGUCAGUGUGGCUCCCUCUGCCAAGGUCACCUUCGAGCUGGUGUACGAAGAGCUGUUCAGGCGGCAUCUGGGGGUGUAUGAGCUGCUGCUGAAAGUGCAGCCCCAGCAGCUGGUCAAGCACCUGCAGAUGGACAUUCACAUCUUCGAGCCUCAGGGCAUCAGCUUUCUAGAGACAGAGAGCACCUUCAUGACCAAAGAGCUGGCAAAUGCCCUCACCAUCUCACAGAAUACAACCAAGGCUCAUAUCCGGUUCAAGCCAACGCUCUCCCAGCAGAAAAAGUCUCCAAAGCAGGAGGACACAGUCCUGGAUGGUAGCCUUAUCAUCCGCUAUGAUGUCAACCGGACCCUCUCAGCGGGCUCCAUUCAGAUCGAGAAUGGCUACUUUGUGCACUACUUUGCUCCUGAGGGCCUGUCUACAAUACCCAAGAACGUGGUCUUUGUCAUUGAUAAAAGCGGCUCCAUGAGCGGCAGGAAAAUCCAACAGACCCGGGAAGCCCUAAUCAAGAUCCUGGAUGACCUCAGCCCCAAAGAUCAGUUCAACCUCAUUGUCUUUAAUGGGAAAAUAACACAGUGGAAGCCAUCACUGGUUCCAGCUUCAGUCAACAACCUGAAUGAAGCCAGGAGUUUUGCUGCCGGCAUCCAAGCCCGUGGAGGGACCAACAUCAAUGAUGCGAUGCUGAUGGCCGUGGAGCUGCUGGAAAGCAGCAACAAAGAUGAGCUGCUGCCUGAGGGGAGCAUCACCCUCAUCAUCUUGCUCACUGAUGGCGACCCCACGGAGGGGGAGACCAACCCUGCAGAGAUCCAGAGGAAUGUACGGAAAGCCCUAAGUGGCCAGUUCAACCUCUUCUGCCUGGGCUUCGGCUUCGAGGUCAGCUAUGCCUUCCUCGAGAAGCUGGCACUGGAAAACGGCGGCCUGGCCCGGCGCAUCUACGAGGACUCGGACUCUGCCCUGCAGCUGCAGGACUUCUACCAGGAAGUGGCCAACCCACUGUUGACAACAGUGGCCUUUGAAUACCCGAGCAAUGCUGUGGAGGAGGUCACGCAGGAAAACUUCCAGCUUUUCUUCAAGGGCUCGGAGAUGGUGGUAGCCGGGAAGCUCAAGGAGCAGAGCCCUGACGUGCUGUCAGCCAAAGUCAGUGGGCAGGCGCAUACACAGAACAUCACCUUCCAAAUGGAAUCCAACGUGGCAGAACAGGAGGAGGAGUUCCGGGGCCCCGAGUACAUCUUCCACAACUUCAUGGAGAGACUCUGGGCAUAUCUGACUAUCCAGCAACUGCUGGAGCAAAGUGUUUCCGCACCAGAUGCCAAACGGCAGGCCCUCGAGACCCGAGCCCUGAACUUAUCACUCAAGUACAACUUUGUUACUCCUCUCACAUCUAUGGUAGUCACCAAACCUGAAGGGCAAGAACAGUCUCAAGUUGCUGAGAAGCCCGUGGAAGAUGAAAAUAGACCCAGGAAUGUCCACUCAGGUCACGCUUUCUUCAGAUCUCAUGUGAUAGGAGGCCGACAGUCCAGAAUAUCAGGAAUCAGCCAUGCACAGCCUAUCUUUGGCCAAAGGAGUGGAUGGAGUCCACAAGCUGGAGUUUCUAACUUCCCGAGGAGUUUUGGACUUGGAAUUGGCAGCCCCUUGAAGAAGUUUGGACCCCCAGGACCACCUCAUGCUCCGGGUCGUCCUCUUCCUGUGCAUCCCUCCUACCUUAGACAUUCCUGGGAUGAUAUGCUACCAGAGUUGACAUUCUUGCCAUCAGCUGCCUCAAAUCCUGGACAAGAAACAACCAUGACACCUCCAGCCCCAGCCCCCAUCCAGGCUCCUUCUGCCAUCCUGCUGCUGCCUGGGCAGAGCGUGGAGCAGCUCUGUGUGGAUCUCAGGCACUCUCAGGGGCCAGUGAACCUGCUCUCAGACCCUGACCAAGGGGUCAAGGUGACUGGCCAGCAUGGGGAGAAGAAGGCUGGAUUCUUAUGGAUUGAAGUGACCUUCAAGAACCCCCAGCUGAAGGUUCAUGUGUCCCCGGAGCGCAUAGUGACCACUCGGAACCGAAGAAGCUCUGUGUACAAGUGGAAGGAGACAUUGUUUUCAGUGAUGCCUGGCCUGAAGAUGACCAUGGACGAGACAGGUCUCCUACUGCUCAGUGGCCCAGACAAAGUGACCAUUGGCCUGUUAUCCUGGGAUGGCCCUGGGAAGGGGCUCCGGCUCCUUCUGCGUGACACUGACCACUUCUCCAACCAUGUCAGCGGGACCUUCGGCCAGUUUUACCAAGAGGUGCUCUGGGGGUCCCCAGCAGCAUCAGACGACAGCAAACGCACACUGAGGGUUCAAGGCAAUGACUACUCUGCUACCAGAGAGCUCACGGUGGAUUACCAGGAGGGACCCUCAGGAACACAGACACCUUGCUGGUCUCUGGAACUGUAGUUCUGAUGAAUGGAGCUGUGCCUGCUAUGUGCACUUUGCUGCUGCCCUGCAAAUGUAGGGCCCCUGUGGGCCUGGACCGUGAUGGGGGGGAGGGAUUCCCACUCAUUACAAAUAAAUAAAGGGGUGCAAUCACA